AUUUGAGCACUUUGCGCCACCUUGUGAGUGAACUGCCUCCUCUGCAGAGCUGAGCUGAGGCACAAAGAUGGUGUCAAUACUUUGCACUCUUCAACAGCACUUGGACGAGAUCACCUGCUGUGCUUUCUCUGCAUCUCUGCUCGCCACCUGCUCAGGUGAUAAAACUCUGCGUGUUUAUAACACCACUGACUUCUCAGAGGUUUCCUUCUCUCCUCUCUCUGGCCACGGCUACGGGGUUCACUGCUGCUGCUUCAGCCCGUGUGGCAGCUUCCUGCUCAGCUGCUCCACGGACGGAUCCAGCAUGGUGUGGGGCUCGGAGACAGGUGAGGUGGCCGCGGUGCUGCAGCAUCCGGCCCGCAGUGCGCUCCGAGUCUGCGCGGUGGCUCCGGACUCCUCCCUGCUGCUGGCUGGAGCCUGCGAUGGAACCGUGGCCCUCUGGGACUUCACCUCCAGGACUUUACUCAGGUGCAGUGCAGUGAGCGAGGCCAGUGUUGUGGCCUGCUGCUUCUCUCCCUGUGGCCAGAUGUUUGUGACCGGCUGCACCCUCGGAGACCUCAAACUGUGGGACACGGACAUCAACCUCCUGCAUGCUGAGAAGGACGCCCACGACCUGGGGGUCACCUGCUGCAGCUUUGCACCGCAGUUUAAAGUUGAUGGCUGCUGUGUGGAGUUUCGACUGGCCUCCUGUGGACAAGACAGCCAGCUGAAAAUACGGAUUGUUUCCCAGCGUGAAGGAGCAGCCUGUACCAUGAAGCUGCUUCACACUCUCACCAGCCAGUCGGCUCCAGUUCUGUCUUGUGCCUUCUCUUCUGAUGGAGAGCUGGUCGUCUCGGGUUCGGUGGAUAAAAGUGUUGCAGUAUAUGAUGCGAACCUGGGAACCUUGCUCCACACUUUGAAACAGCACGACAGGUACGUGACGGCCGUUGCUCUGUCUCCCACCAUGCCGUGGAUUGCAACUGGCUCAAUGGACAGAACCGUAAACGUGUGGAGAAUAGGAGAUGGAGUCAGCAGAACUGCAGCUGAAUCAAGGCAGACUGUGUGCCAAGGAAGGAAGUUGCCGGGUCACUCCAGGCUGCUGGUUGCUGAUUGGUCUGAGGAGGAUGUGCAGACUUGGCUGUGUGAGGAAGGACUGCAGGAGCUUGUCAGCAUCUUUAAAGCCAACAACAUCGACGGAGCAGAGCUCAGCCAGCUGAACAAGGAAACAGCAGCAGAGCUGGGAAUUGAGUCUUUGGGCCUCCGCGGUCGUCUCCUGAGGAAAAUCGAGGCCUUGAAGGCAGAGCAGAGUGGUUCAGAUGCCCCAGAUGAGUUUCUGUGUCCGAUCACCAGAGAGCUGAUGAAGGAUCCAGUCAUUGCUGCAGACGGAUAUUCCUAUGAGCGAGAAUCCAUCGAGAGCUGGAUCAGGGGCAAGAACAAAACCAGCCCCAUGACCAACCUGUUCCUACAGACCACGAUCCUGACCCCCAAUAGAUCUCUGAAGAUGGCAAUAACACGAUGGAAGUCAAGCCAGUAAACAGCAGCUCAUUUUGGCUCGUUUGUCAGAAUAAAACUAAACAGGUACUUUAUCAUUAUACAGGUGCUGCUCAUUUGAACUAGUGCUCUUAUUAUCUUUAAGUAGCUACUAUUAAUACAUAAAAAAUUGCAUAGUAUAGUACAUCAUAAAGUUACAAAAAAUGUCAUAGUAUAGUGUCAUAAGAAUGUCAGAAAAAAGUCAGAAAAAUGUCAGUUGUACUAUGUAAAAACCAUGUCAUAAAAGUGUCACAUGGUGUGUCAUAAAAAUAUCAUUGUAUAAUAUGUCAACAA